AUGUCUGCUGAAUCUGAUAUGGAAUAUUCGGAUAAUGAUGGAGAUGAUUACGAUUAUUACGGUGGACAAGAUGAUUGUGAUAUGGAAACAAUAGAUCGUAGUAAAACGGAUCCUGAGUUUUUUUUAUAUUCGUGCUUAAGAGUUGAAGAAGUAGAAAAAUUGUUAAAUGAAUCGAUUGAAUUACUGAGCGAUAGCCUUCAAAUAACGCCCUCACUUGCGAAGGUAAUGCUACACGCCUAUGGAUGGAAUGCUCAAGAAAUUAUAAAUAAAUAUAAAGAAAAUGCUAACGAAGUUCUAGUUUAUAGCCGUGUUAAACCACGUAUGCCAAGUAUUCAAGGAAAUUUAAGUCGUACAGUAUGUACUGUAUGUACAAGCACUUCAGCAAUGAGGAAAUAUAGUGCACUAGCUUGUGGGCAUUAUUUUUGCAAUGACUGCUGGGCGAUGCAUUUUGAAGUACAAAUAAUGCAAGGUGUCUCAAAUGCAAUACAAUGUAUGGCUCAGGAUUGUGAAGUUAGAGCUCCUGAAGAUUUUGUUUUAUCCCAUGUAACUAAACCAGCUUUGAGAGAACGCUAUCAACAAUUUAUGUUUAAGGAUCAUGUUAAAUCCCAUCCUCAACUACGAUUUUGUCCAGGACCAAAUUGUCAGUGGAUUUAUCAAGCCUGGGUAAGAGAAGGCGCACGAAAGGUGGAAUGCCAAGGCUGUGAAUUGUUAACUUGUUUUUCAUGUGGAGCUCCCCAUCAUGCACCAACAGACUGCACAACCAUUCGUCGUUGGCUUACUAAAUGUGCUGAUGAUUCAGAAACAGCUAAUUAUAUAAGUGCUCAUACUAAAGAUUGCCCUAAAUGUCAAAUUUGUAUUGAAAAGAAUGGUGGUUGCAAUCAUAUGCAGUGUGGUGCUUGCAGACAUGAUUUUUGUUGGGUAUGCUUAGGUGAUUGGAAAACUCAUGGUUCUGAAUAUUAUGAAUGCAGUCGCUAUAAAGAAGACCCUAAUUUAGCAAAUGAUAGUCAACAUGCUCAGGCAAGAGAAGCUCUCAAGAAAUACUUGCACUACUAUGAAAGAUGGGAAAAUCAUGCCAGAUCAUUAAAAUUAGAAGAACAAACUCUUGCAAGUCUCAAAAGCCGUAUCAAUCAGAAAGUCAUGGCUGGAGAAGGUACUUGGAUUGAUUGGCAAUAUCUGUGGGACGCAGCAAGGCUACUAAAACGCUGCAGAUACACUCUACAGUAUACAUAUCCUUUUGCAUAUUAUAUGGAAGUAGGCCCUCGAAAAGAGCUUUUUGAAUAUCAACAGGCACAAUUAGAAGCAGAAAUUGAAAAUUUAUCUUGGAAGGUAGAAAGAGCAGAAACAACUGACAGAGGUGAUUUAGAAAAUCAAAUGGAUAUUGCAGAAAAAAGACGGACAACAUUGCUCAAAGACUUUUUAGAGUUUCAUAUAAAUAAUGCCUCCAGUAGUAAAGUG